AUGACUAAAUUCAUCGCCACCAGCUCAAAGCACCCAACGGUCACCACCUCGGAUGCAACCACGACCUUUCACGCGACGACCUUUUUCAACAUCUUGCAAUUCUCGUUCCCAUUUGCUCAUCCGACAAUGGACUACGCAUCGAUUGAAACGCCAGCCGCCUGCUAUGCCGACUUUUGUCUGAUUCCCGUCGGCACAGGAAACAUUUCCGUCGCCGAAGAGGUCGCCGACGUUCAGCGCGUCCUCAAGGCCAGCGGGCUCAAGUACACGAUGCACUCUGCGGGCACCACCGUCGAAGGUGCUUGGGACCAGGUCAUGGCCGUCAUCGGCAAGGCGCACACCGUUGUGCAUCGUCGGGGCGUCUUUCGCGUGCAAUCCUCCAUGCGCGUGGGAUCAAGGACGGAUAAGACGCAAACGGCAGCGGACAAGGUCAAGCGCGUUAACGAUAUCCUGGCUAAGAACGACAACGAUGUCAUGGAUAGUAAAGUGUAA